AUGGCUACCGCAGUGAAACAUACUUCUGCAGCUGACAAAACAUUAGAUGGUAUGCUUCUAGAAAUGUUUCAUCUUGUUUGGCUAGAUGCUGGAUCAAGCAGUCCAGAUGGUCGUCAUACUGAACAGCAAUUGCGUUCAAUUAUAAAUCAUUUGGUAAAAUUUCAAGAUGUUCAUGAAUGUGAGGAAUAUAUUAAAGCACAGUCUUCGAAUGAACGAAUUGUUAUGGUUGUCAGUGGUCAAUUAGGACGCAAAAUCGUUCCUAAUAUUCAUCUUCUUCGACAAGUUAUAUCAAUAUAUGUCUAUUGUAUGGAUGUAGUAGCCCAUAAAAUAUGGACUCAGAACUAUAGAAAAGUAAAAGGCGUUGUUGUUGAACUUAACGAACUUAUAAAACGGAUUCAAGGUGAUCAUAAAAUUCAAAAGAAGAUGGAAGAACCUCUAUCGAUAAAUAUAUUUACAACAAAUACAUUAACAGAAGGCGUAUCAACAACAGGCAUAAAUAAUAAUUUUCUCUUUUCACAAGUCUUUAUGGAUUGCCUUAUUCGACUAAAAUAUACUGAAGCUGAUCAAAAAGAAUUGAUAGAAUUUUGUAAACAGAAAUAUAAAGGUAAUAAUUUUGAACUGAGUAAUAUUGGUGAAUUUCAAGAGCAUUAUUCAUCUGAAAAUGCUUUACGAUGGUAUACGCGAGAAUCAUUUUUUUACAAGACACUUAAUGCUGCUCUUCGUCAGUCAGAUAUUCAUGCAAUAUUUCUUUUUCGUAAAUAUAUUGCUGAUAUUCAACAACAAUUGAAAAAUCGUCAAGUUCGCAAUUCUAUUCGAAUUUAUCGUUGUCAAAUGAUAUCAAAUAAUGAAUUAGAAACUUUAAGAAAGUCAUGUGGUCAAUUCAUUUCGAUCAAUUCAUUUUUUUCUACUAGUAUCUAUAAAGACAAUGCUCUUAAAUUUCUUAAGACACCUGAUGAUACAGAAAACUUAGCUAGUGUGUUAUUCGAAAUUGACGCUAAUCCUCAAAUGGCUAUAACGAGACCAUUUGCCGCUCUUGGAGAAUUGAGCGAAUAUAAAGAUGAAGCUGAAGUACUCUUCAUGAUCGGUUCGAUUUUUCGAUUAGACAAAGUUAAGCGUAACGAUAUUAACCAAGUUUGGAUCGUUCGAAUGAUAUUGUGUAAUGAUGAAGAACAUGUUUUGAAAGAAGUUCUCAUGGAUAUGAAAGAGAAAUUUGUGCAUGACGAAACAAACCUUCUCAUACUAGGAAAAUUUUUGUGGGAGAUGGCAAAGCCAAAUUUCGCGGAAAAGUAUUAUAAGCGUAUGUUAAAUCAACUUUCACUUGAUGAUCCAACACUUAUUGAUUUGUAUAUGGAAUUGGCCACAACUGAAUUGCAGGCUGGUCAUCAAGAGGAGUCUUUGAAAUGGCGUCAAAAAGCAAGUGAACUGAAGAAAAAGCUUCCAUUAAGUUCUUCGUUCAAUAAUAGUAAACCAAAGAAAUCUAUAGGUAAGUUAAUUAAAAUACUUAGUUUAUUCUAUUGA